ACUUUUAAGGCCGCCCUCCGUUUCCUGUCAACAUGGCGGCGCAGGUGACGGCAGCUUCGCGUGGGAAAGUCGGAGAGGAAUUCAGUGAUUCCGAUGGAGAUCUUUCAAGUGACCACUUCUCUUCAGAGGAAGAUGAGAAAAAUUGUGACCCAUUGGCUGAACCUGGAGAGGAAUCAACAGCUUUGAAUCCCAAUGCUGGCUGGGCAGAUGCAAUGAGCAGAAUUCUAAAUAAGAACUUGCCUGGUGACAAGCCAAUAAUACUUGCCAAAAAUAAGGAGAAAAAGAAAGAAAAGGAGAAAAGGAAACAAGAGCUGUCAGAAAGGAUGAAAAAGCUGGAUGAAAGGAAAGAACGGGAGCAGAUGUGCAGAGUGAAACCUGAUCUAGUUCGAGACCGGGAGAUUGAGAGAAACUUGCAAAGGAUAGCCACUAAGGGUGUUGUGCAGCUGUUUAAUGCUGUGCGAAAGCAUCAAACUGUUGUGGAUGAAAAGGUUAAAGAAGUGGGUGGGUCUGAACGAAAACGUGCCAAAUUGAUGUCAACUGUCUCAAAGAAAGACUUUAUCAGUGUGCUUCGUGGAUCAUCACAGGCUGCGCAGCAAGACUCGGCAGAAAAGACACCUAAUAGUGAGAAACAGGUUGUGGUUAAAUCAGAAGAAGUUGCAGCAUGGAACAUAUUACGCGAUGACUUCAUGAUGGGAGCUACCAUGAAAGACUGGGAUAAGGAGAGUGAUGUUGCUGGCGAGGAAAGUGCUUCGGACCGCUGAUCCUUCUCAGCAGAAGCUCUCCUCGGUUUGAAAUGUAAAGUACAGCGAUGCUCAUUCUGUGAAUGCAAGGAAUUGUAUAAUAUAUGGCUUUUUUUUCUAAAAUAAAGCAAACUAUU